UUUUUCCAUCUUUUUUGGAGAGUAAUGCCUGUAAAUCAAUAAAUAAAUGUAGUACAUAUUACAAAACUAAUAUUAUGUUUAUUAAUGUGAAUUUUAUUUUCAGGUAUUUGGCUACUGGGUGUUCUUUAUCUCAUAUAAGUCAUGAAUACCGUAUAGGGCUUUCUACAGUAUCGGAAAUAGUAUUUGAUGUUUGUGAAGCAAUAUGGGAGAUAUUAAAACCAAUUGUGAUGCCACAAUUGACCAGAGAUAAGUGGAUUCAAACGGCUGAAGGUUUUCAAAAAUACGCCCAAUUUCCUAAUUGCAUCGGAGCCAUCGACGGCAAGCAUAUUAGAGUUAUCAAACCACAACAUUCGGGAUGUCUUUAUUACAAUUACAAGAAUUAUUUUUCAAUCGUGUUACUUGCAAUAUGUGAUGUAAAUUAUAAAUUUCUUUACGUAAAUAUUGGAGCAUACGGCAAAUGCAGUGAUUCGUCAAUUUACAAAGACUCUGUAUUUUAUCAUAGGCUUUUAAAUAAUGAUCUCGAUAUUCCGAGCAAUAACCCCAUCAAAGAAAAUGGCCAAUCAAUGCCGUUCGUUUUAGUGGGUGAUGAGGCGUUUUCACUAUCGGAACAUAUGAUGCGACCGUAUGCUGGGAGAAACUUGAAUAAUGUAAAGACUAAUUUUAAUUAUCGACUAUCCCGUGCCCGCCGCUAUAUUGAAUGUACAUUUGGAAUAUUAGCCAAUAAAUGGCAGAUUCUUCACCGACCCCUAAACGUCAAGAAAGAAUUUGCAGUUGUGAUUAUAAAAGCUCUAUGUGUGCUUCAUAAUUUUGUGCGAGAAAGAGACGGAUAUGAUUUCAAGGACACGUUAACUGUACCAGAGGCUUUAUUAGAAAUACCUGCAUGUUUACCUAAUAGAGCAAAUAGAACAUCAACCGAAUAUCGAGAUAUAUUCGCAAACUACUUCAGUACCGAUGGUCGCUUGCCCUGGCACAAUUAACCAAUUAAUUUGUAAAUAUAUGGGUGCGUACCUACGACGGCUGCUCAGUUUGUGCGUUGAGGCACUUGCUCGCCGCGAGCCGCCAUUGCGCGCCGUAAACAAAAUGGCGUCGAACGCACAUGCGGUAUGAGUAAUCUUUUUAAAAAGUUAUUCCAAUCAUUACGAAAACCUGGGAAAUUUUAGCAAAUAAUUGUCAAAACUCAUGUGCAAAGCGAAAAAUAGUAGAAAUAAAAUAGUUAUACUUUUGACAAUUACCUAUUUGCUAAAAUUUCUUAGAUUUUGAAUGAACGGAACAACUUUAAAAAAAAUCACUCGUGUCACAUAUACGUGUCGAAUGCUACUACAGCACCUGCUGCGUUUAUUGUAGUUCAUCGCAUUAUUAAUUUACUUAGGCAUAAUAAAAUAAAAUACUAACCAAGUUCUGCCUUUUCUUUAUCUUCCAUGGAUUCACCGCCAAAU